UUCUUUUUGUUUUGGUUGGACUUCUUUUUGAUUCUGGACUUUCAGUAAUUGAAUGGAAUUGAAUAGGACUGGAUUUGUGAUAAGUUUUGGAUUUGAAUUGUAAGUCGAUGUAAUGCUACGACGUAGGAGGGAAGUCACAUUUGGGUAUAUUUUUCCAAGGAAGCUGCUAAUUCGGAAGUCUAAAAAGAAGAUUCUAUAAAAGACAUCUCGACUUUCACUUCUCCAUCCAUCCUGUAGUUCACAGAACCCAGUCGUACCCACAACCGCCUCAAAACGAAUAGAGAAGAAUAUCAUCACAACAACCAUACAACAGUUCCGAAAUCAAUCAUCCACCAUACUACGAAAAAAAAAUGACUAUCCAACCCCCGACAACCACGCCCUCCUGGCAGACCCUCUCCACCAAAAAACGCACAACCCUCCACUCGCUCCUCCCUCCCUCAACCAUCCUCCCAAACACCCUAAUCUCAACGCUCCCAUCUACAUCCCCCACCGCCCCCGCUCCACCACCCUUACCAGUCCACUCCGCGCUCUCUAUCCCCGCGACCUCCGAUAUCCUCACGCCGCACGAGCUCGAAAUCACAUCCGCGUACGAUGCGACGGCGCUCGUGGAGAUGAUGAGCACGGGGAAGCUGAAGAGCGUGGAUGUGGUGGGUGCGUUUAUCAAGCGGGCGAGUAUUGCGCAGCAGGUUGUGAAUUGCUUGACCGAAGUUAUGUUCGAGGAGGCGAUGGAGAGGGCGAAGGAGUGUGAUAAGUUUUUCGAGAGGGAGGGACGGGGAAUGGGGAUGCUGCAUGGGUUGCCUAUUAGUCUGAAGGACUCCUUCAAUGUCGUCGGCACACACACCACAAUCGGCUACAUCGACUAUCUCAGCCGACCCCCCGCUACGACAGAUAGUACGCUGAUCACGCUCCUACGCGCUGAAGGUGCAGUCUUCUAUUGCAAAACGAAUCUCCCCCAGACCAUGAUGACAGCAGACACGCACAACAACGUCUUUGGACGCACACUGAACCCGUAUAACCUCGGCUUCACAGCUGGAGGCAGCACUGGCGGCGAGGGAGCCCUCAUCGCCAUGGGUGGUAGCAUCUUGGGACUCGCGACGGAUAUCGCGGGAAGCUGUCGAAUUCCUGCGCUAUGUUGUGGGCUGUUUAGUUUCAAGCCGACCGCUGGGAGAGUUCCAUUUGGGGGGAAAGUGGCGCCGGGUCGGCUGGGAAGUCCUUGUCCAAUCAUGCCGGUUAUUGGACCUAUGGGACGGAGUGUAAGGGACGCGGAGCUCAUCUUGCGGACGAUGAUCACAGACAAGACGUGGGAAUUCGAUGCGGGUGUUUUGGGGGUGCCUUGGAGAACGGUUCAGCCUGUGGCACGAACGUUGCGGUUUGGAUUGAUCAGAGGACAUGAGAAAAGGCCUUUACAUCCACCAAUUGCGAAGACAUUGCAUACAGCGGCCACGCUGUUGAAGGCUCGCGGACAUGAGGUCGUGCUGUUGGACCAUUUGAUUCCGGAUUUGUGGGAUAUGUGGACUCUAGCGUGUAAGUUCUUCUCGUUGGAUCCGAAGAAUACGCCAAUGGAGAUUUUAAAGACUGGAAACGAGCCGAAGGUACCUUCUGUGGCGAACGCUCCUAUGGAAGAUACGUCGGAUGGGUGGAAACCGACCUUGGAUGAACUCUUCGACUUGAAUGUGGAGAGGUUCCAGGUGUUGAAAAAAUUCCACGACCUCAUAGUAGAGCAUGGACUAGAUGCGAUACUUCUACCGGGCUAUCAGGCCACCGCUGUCCCCCAUGAUCAGUUUGGCGAAGCUAUUUACACUGCACUCGUGAAUAUGCUUAAUUAUCCGUCGGCCAUAUUUCCUUUCUUGAAAGCCGACAAGGCUGUCGAUGCAUCGUUCGCCAAGGCUGACGUGACUUAUGAGCCUCCUUAUGAGCCCGAAAUCUUUGAAGGAAUGCCAACCCAUAUACAAGUCAUGGGAAAGCCUAUGCAAGAUGAAGAGCUUAUAGAAAUACUCAAAGUUGUUGAGAAGGUUCUGGCCGACGUUCCCCUAAAAUGA